GACAGGACCAGAGUUCCCAGCCGGCGUGAUGAAGACCCUCCGGGCAAGGUUCAAGAAGACAGAGCUCCGGCUCAGCUCUGCCGACCUCGGCUCCUGCCCGCCUUGUGGUCCGUGCCCUAUCCCGAAAUCCACAGCAAGAGGCAGGCGCCAGGGCCAAGACUGGGGCAAAAGUGAUCAGCGCCUGCUCCAGGCCGUGGAGAACAAUGAUGCAGCCAGAGUGGCCUCACUGAUUGCCCAUAAAGGGCUGGUGCCCACGAAAUUGGACCCCGAGGGCAAGUCUGCGUUCCACUUGGCUGCCAUGAGGGGUGCAUCGGGCUGUCUGGAAGUGAUGUUGGCUCAAGGCUCAGAUGUCAUGAGUACAGAUGGAGCAGGUUACAAUGCCCUUCACCUGGCAGCCAAGUAUGGGCACCCCGAGUGCCUGAAGCAACUCUUGGAGGCUUCCUGCGUGGUGGACAUUGAGGACAGCAGUGGGUGGACAGCCCUUCACCAUGCAGCGGCUGGCGGUUGUCUGUCCUGCUCACAGCUGCUCUGCUCUUUCAAGGCACACAUGAAUCCCCGGGAUCGGUCGGGUGCCACACCCCUCAUCAUAGCAGCCCAGAUGUGUCACACAGAUCUGUGCCGUCUCCUUCUACAGCAGGGGGCUGCAGCAAAUGACCAGGAUCUGCAAGGCAGGACAGCCUUGAUGCUGGCGUGUGAGGGGGGCAGUCCCAAGACUGUUGAAGUGCUCCUGCAGGGUGGAGCCCAGCCGGGCAUCACAGAUGUACUGGGCCAGAACGCCACCCACUACGGAGCCCUGACUGGGGACAAGCUCAUCUUGCAGCUUCUACAGCAGUCUGUGCAGCACCCUUCACCUCCCAGUGCCUCUCUAGAGGAAGACUCCGGAGAGGCCUCGUCUCAGAACUCUGUGUCCAGCCAUGAAAAACGAGGGGCCCCCAAGAAGCGGAAGGCACCCCAGCCUCCAGCCAGCACAUCCAUUCCCGAUGAUCAGGAAGCUUAUGAGGAGAUUAUGCGCCUGCGCCAAGAGAGAGGCCAUCUCCUGCAGAAGAUCAGGGGCCUGGAACAGCACAAGGAACAGAGGAGAAGGGAGCCCCUGGAAGCAGAGGCCAGCUCAGUCCACAGCCUGGAGAGGCAGGUGCAGGAGCUGCAGCAGUUGCUGGCGGAGAAGCAGGAGGAGAAGGAGAACCUGGGCCGGGAGGUGGAGAGUCUGCAGAGCCGCCUGUCCCUGCUGGAGAAUGAGAAAGAGAAUACCAGUUAUGAUGUGGCCACCCUGCAGGACGAGGAGGGGGACAUGUCUGACUUUCCAGGAGCUGAUGUGUUGUCAAAGCACCCUCGUCCACAGGCCGAGGGGCUGGUGGCUUCCCUGCAGGAGCAGGUGGCUCAGCUCACCAGGCAGAACCAGGAGCUGCUGGAGAAGGUCCAGAUUCUUGAGGAGUUUGAGAAGGACGAGGUGCAGAUGGCGGAAGACAGUCAGCCUGAGGUAGUCCCUCUGGUCUUGUAUGACCUCCUGCGUACAGAGCUUGAGCAGCUCCGGAGGCAGCACGCAGAGGCCAUGAACACACAGCAGCAGCAGCAGGAGGUGACCAGGGGUCAUGAGGGAGAAGAUAUAGCACAUAAGGAAAGGAAGGACAAGGGGACCUCCACCCAGAAUGGUCCCAGCGUCCCGGAGGUCAACGGCAUUACGUAUCCAGAAACCACAGCAAAUGGCACUAAACUCCAAACAGAAGGCUCCCUGGGUGUCAGGAACACAGAAGCCAGUUAUUCAGAAGCGGCACUCAAAGAGCCUGAGGCUGCAGGACCAGAGGCCAUGGGGAAGGAUGGAGUGGCAGCCGACGCCGUGGACACUAAAACCACUGUGCUUCAGGCCCUAGACAUGAAAGCUGUAGGUAACAAUGCUGAAAGUGAGCAGGUGGCGGCAGAAGCCACAGGAGGGAAAGAGAAUCUUGGAAUGAAGGCUGAUGGAGUGCAUGUGGUGCAGGAGGGGCUCACGGGUACAGGGAUUAGUAACAUGGAGGCCACAGGAGUGGGGGCCACAUUAGUAAAGGCCACGGAAUUGCGGGAUACUGGAGUUCAGGCCACAGGAGCAGAGGCCACGGCAGUGAAGACCACGGGAGUGCAGGUUACAGUGGCAGAGGUCAUAGGAGUGAAGGUCAUAGGAGUGCAGGCCAUGGAUACAGGCGCCAUUGGAGUCAAGGCCACUGCAGCAGAAGUCACCAGGGAGCAGGCCACUGUGACAGAGGAUGAGGGAGCCGAGGCUGCGGGAGCUCAGGCCACCAUCCUGGAAGCCAUGGGAGCAGAGGCCACUGGGGCACAGGCCACAGCUGCAGACACCACAGGAGAUCAGGCCAACUUGACAGAGGCCAACGGAGCUGAGGCAAUAGAACUCAAGGUCACGGAAGCCCGGACCACCCGCACCGAGGGCCCCUGCGCAGCGGUCCUGCACCCGGGGGCGGCGGCGGCGGCGCUGCAGGCCGAGCUGGAGACCCGGAUCCUCGGCCUGGAGGAGGCGCUGCGCAGACGUGAGCGGGAGGCCGCAGCUGAGUUGGAGGCCGCUAGGGGCCGGUUUGCGGAGGCUGAGGCAGAGGCCGAGGAGGCGGCACAGGGGCGGAGCCGCGAGCUGGAGGCGCUGAGGGAGCUGCUGGCCACGGCCACGGCCACAGGCGAGCACGCACGCGCGGAGGCCACUGAGCUGCGCCAAGCGCUUUCGGACUCGGAGGCUCGGGUCGCAGAACUCAGCUCCGCCCACGCCGCCGCCCGAGAGGAACUGGAGCGCAUGCGCGGGACUUCGGUGCCUGCAGACGAGCACGAGCAGGCUCUGGGCGCGCUGCGCCACCAGGUGACCCAGCUGCAGACGCAGCUGGCGGAGCUGGCGCGCAGGCACGAGAGAACGAGCGCGGAGGUCUUUCAGGUGCAGCGUGAGGCAUUGUUUAUGAAGAGCGAGAGGCACGCGGCCGAGGCCCAGCUGGCCACGGCUGAGCAGCAGCUCCGGGGUCUUCGUACAGAGGCCGAGAGGGCACGUCAGGCCCAGAGCCGUGCCCAGGAGGCCCUGGACAAGGCCAAGGAGAAAGACAAGAAGAUCACAGAACUAUCCAAAGAAGUCUUCACACUGAAAGAGUCUCUGAAGGCGCAGCAGGCAGCCCCUGCCAGCUCCAAGGAGGAGGAGGCCCUUCGAGGCCAGGUGAUAGCCUUGCAGCAGCGGAUGGAGGAGGCGGCCCAGGAGCAUGGUGCUGUGGUGGCUUUAUACCGCUCUCAUCUGCUGUGUGCCAUUCAGGGACAGAUGGAUGAGGACGUCCAGUGCAUUCUCAGCCAGAUCCUGCAGAUGCAGCGGCUGCAGGCUCAGGGCCACUGAGGACACAGCUCUGCUGUUCAGCCUCCACCCUACACCUCUGCAAGCUGAAGUCACAGAGACCACCUUCCCCUCCCCCAGGGUGAUGAACAGGACUCAUCACACACUGGGAGGCUGGCCUGGAACCUUACCAAUGGCUCCCAGCUGACCCAUCACACAUGGCUCCCAGCACUCCCAAUAUG